AUGGGAAGCGCCGCCGCCAUGACAACCACUAUCACUACGCCGCCGCCGCCGCCACGGCCACCAUCACCAUGUGGAAGUGGUGGGGCGAAGGCGGAAGCUUUAACGUACAUAGACAUCACCCAGCUUUCCCAAUCGGAAUUGCAAGCCCUCUCUUUGUGCUCCGAAUCUGCAUUCGACCUUCACAACACCGACGACCUUGUGACCCCCGACAUCGAUCGCUCCCUGUUUAAUGAGUCUGCUGGGAGUCGACGGCAGGCUUAUUCAGGCCUCCGCCACCCCCACCACCGCUCUCAUUCCCGCCUUCCAGGCCUACAUCCUGCCCUUAAAACCCACCACCAUUCCCACCCCUCCGAUGAUCCUGUUAAUCACUCUAUUAUCCACUUCCUCAAACACUUCCUCAAUGGCAACCACGAUCCUCCCCCACCACCUCCUCCUCCACCUUUGCCACCUCAGGCAGAGGUGUCGCCACUUCCUGUUAAUGGCCCAGGGCUAGGGUUAUUAAGACUUCAAGAAAAAAUAAAAAAUAAGCUGCAUGGAGGAGAAAACAAGCGGAAAAAAGUGCGAAGAAACAGGAAUUCAAAUAAAAAGAGGCUCUUGGAAAAUGGUGUUGGAAUGGAAUUACAGAAGGUCAAUGUGAAGGGUGAGGUGGUGGAUUUCGAGAAAUUGGAGAAGAAUGGAGACGAAUUGUUUAGCGAAGCAUUGAAGACGAGGACAAUGGGGUUGGACACUGAGGAGGGUGUUCUAGGGUUUUUGUCGAGCUUGGAAGGGCAGUGGUGUAGCAGGAGGAAAAAGAGGAAAUAUGUGGAUGCAGGUGCGUUUGGAGAUGCAUUGCCCAUCGGCUGGAAGCUUUUGCUUGGCCUUAGAAGGCGGGAUUUUCGCGUCUCUGUUUAUUGCAGGAGAUGUAUAAGCCCUACUGGACAACAAUUUAUAUCAUGCAAAGAGGCUGCUUCCUUUUUGCGUUCCUAUUUUGAGGGUAAUGAUGCAGAUCAACCAAGGGAUCAGAAGACUUGCAGCAUUCAGCAGGCGUAUGGUGUGGCUAUUGAGAAUCCAUGUCCUACCGACAAGAUUGAUGGCUUAAAGCCUGACAUACUGGCUCUUUCAACAUUGGACAUCUUUGAAUGUGUCAAAUGCAACCUGACUUUUGGUGAGAAGAAAGUGUUCUUGGAGCAUCUGUUCUCAUUCCACCAGAAGACUACCAAAAGGUACAGAUUUGGGACGCCAGUUGGUGAAGGCGUGAUAAUUAGAGAUGGAAAAUAUGAAUGCCAAUUCUGUCACAAGGUUUUUGACGAAAGGCGAAGUUAUAAUGGUCAUGUAGGCGUCCAUGUAAGGAACUCUGGUAAAGGGUCUGAUGAACUGGUUACUCCCGUCACUGUCCAGGAGAACUCUCAAUCUCCAGUACAGGAGGCUUUGCCCUCAAGGACAUCGAAAAUGGAUGCUUUAAUAGAAAUUGCUCAAAAUUCUAUUUUUGAAAAUUCGAAGGGUGGAACUAGUGAACAAGCCACAAGAGAUCAAAAUCCCAGUAUGAUGAGCUUAGAAGAAGCUCAGGCUCCAAGCAUUGACUUUCAAAUGAAUUUGGGAUCUGAUCCUAUUGAAAUUAAGACAAAAGAUUUUGAGCCUGACAAAGUUUCUAAUGAUGGAUUGAAUACACAUGAUGGCCAAGCCAAGAUGGAGGAUGGGAAUUUGGUAAGGAAUGAUGACACACAGAACAUAAAUGUUGCAGUCGGUUCCAAUUGCGCAAAUGAUUUUGGGCAUGUUGAGUUGAACGAAAUUGAAAGUUAUGAAAACAGUGAGUUAGAGACUGGUUUUGAAGAUGGAGGUUCAAACCCAAGCAAAGAUCACAUAGAAGAUACACCUGGGCUCAUUGUAGAAGAAAUUAGUUUUCACAAUGUACCUUCUGCCUCUUCAGUGCCCCUUGCCCCAUCAUUUCAGUUUUUUCCUUCCUUUGAUUCAAUGUCAUCUAAGGUGGACCAGGGAUUCUCUGUGAUUGAUCAGAAGCUUGAGAAUGUUACAGGUUUUGAGGAGCUGAGAUUUGAUGAUAUAGAACCUUUCAGAUAUGGUUUUGUGAGUGGACAAGAAUCACCAUCUUUGCCAGGGGGUUCAAUAGAUUUGAGAAACAAUUCUGGGAUAGAAGAUGGGUUCAAUUCCUCUAUUAGAUUUGGUUCAGAGGAAGUUGCAUUGAAUGCUGCAGACAUAAAUCAGCUGACAACUGUGUGUGUAUGGUGCAGAACAGAGUUCAAACUCGACGGUGUUGAAUCAGAAUCUCCAUCAGAUUCGAUUGGCUAUAUGUGUCCAACUUGCAAGGAUAAUAUCUCUGGGCAUUUGAAUGGCAGUCUGUCCAUGGAUCCUGGUGGUUUCUGA